AUUAAGGAAGAAAGGCAGAGUAUCAAUGACAUCAACCAGCAGUAUCUGACUGACUGAGGCCGCUCGUCCGACGAUGCUCUGCCGUCUGAAGGGUUGAGGAGCAGCCGUGGUGUGACCCGCUGCGCUCCUUUCCUCCGCUCCUCUAACUAAGAAACGGCGGAGAAGAACCUCAGGUGGAGGAGACGAUGUGUGCAUGCACCCCGCCACAAAGGCAGCCCUUUCUCUGACCGGAGCCCUGCUGCCGCUGGAUUAUACACCGUCCGUGCUGUUCCCGAGGAAGCCUCCAGCUGCUAAUCCACCCACAUGAAUCAGACGGACAGGGAGGAAGACGGAGCACUUCCGACCAAGCAGAGUGCCUAUCUCUGUUGAGUGAAGCCCCAUCUGAAUCUACAGUAUCUCCAGCCAACCACAACCGGUGCCAGCCAUGCAUCUGCCCAGGACAGGUGGAGUUCUGGACCAGUCCAGGAGGCCUUUCAACGGACUCAGCCUUAGUCCCUCUUCCUUGCCUAUGCUGCUGCUGUCAAUGAUCCUGCUCUCCUGCCCCCUCAGCAGCGUCUGUGGACCACUAACCCCCCCUAGGUUCACUAAAAUUCCCACAGACCAGAUCGGCGUGUCAGGGGGUGUGGCCUCAUUCGUGUGCCAAGCCAUUGGUAAUCCCAAGCCUGUCGUCUACUGGAAUAAGAAGGGCAAGAAGGUCAACUCUCAGCGUAUCGAGGUGACCAUAGAGUUUGAUGAGGGUGCAGGUGCUGUGCUGAGGAUCCAGCCGCUGCGUGCUCCUCGAGACGAGAACACCUACGAGUGUGUGGCUCGCAACAGUGAAGGAGAAGUGUCAGUCACUGCAAAGCUGGCCAUUAUUCGAGAGGAUCUGCUGCCAUUCGGCUUUCCCAGUAUAGACAUGGGUCCCCAACUGAAGGUAGUGGAGCGAACCAAGACAGCCACCAUGCUGUGUGCUGCCAGUGGUAUUCCUGACCCAGAGAUCUCCUGGUUCAAAGACUUCCUGCCUGUGGACCCCAGCCUCAGCCAGGGGCGCAUCAAACAGCUCCGAUCAGGAGCUUUACAAAUUGAAAAUAGCGAGGAAACCGACCAGGGGAAGUACGAGUGCGUGGCCACCAACUCCCAAGGUGUCCGCUACUCCUCCCCCGCGAACCUCUACGUGCGAGGAGCGACAGACACAUUGCGCCGUGUUCCCCCUCGUUUCUCCAUCUUACCCUCCAACCAUGAGAUCAUGCCUGGGGGGAGCGUCAACAUCACCUGCGUGGCCGUGGGCUCACCCAUGCCCUACGUCAAAUGGAUGCUUGGCAGCGAGGACCUGACGCCGGAGGACGAGAUGCCGAUCGGGCGUAACGUGCUGGAGCUCAACAGUGUGCGGGAGUCUGCCAACUACACCUGUGUGGCCAUGAGUAGUCUGGGAAUUGUGGAGGCCACGGCUCAGGUCUUAGUGAAGACUCUGCCCAAGCCUCCUGGUACACCCAUAGUCACGGAGACAACGGCCACAAGUGUCACCAUCACCUGGGACUCGGGCAACCCCGACCCUGUCUCCUACUACAUCAUCCAGUACAGAGCCAAAGGACCAGACAGCAAAUAUGAGACAGUGGACAGCAUCACCACCACGCGCUACAGCAUCGGAGGGCUGUAUCCCAACACUGAGUAUGAAAUCAGAGUGUCAGCCUUCAACAGCAUUGGCCAGGGGCCUCCCUCUGCUCGAGUGGAAGCUCGAACAGGAGAGCAGGCGCCGGCCAGUCCUCCUCGCAAUGUCCAGGCUCACAUCAUCUCUCAGAACACUGUCAUGGUCCGAUGGGAGGAGCCAGAGGAACCCAACGGACAGGUGAAAGGCUAUCGUGUGUACUAUACCAUGGAUCCAUCCCGGUCUAUAAACGAGUGGCAGAUUCAUAAUGUCCAGGACAGUGUCAUCACCACCAUUCAGAACCUCAGAACCUCUGAGACUUACACUAUCCAGGUCCUGGCCUUCACUUCUGUAGGAGAUGGUCCGUUCUCUGAUCCUGUCCAUGUCAAGGUCAUGCCUGGAGUUCCAGGUCAACCAGGGAAGUUUAAAGUGGGAAAAGUGACUGACACCAGUAUAGAGCUGACUUGGGAAUCUGCUUACACCAAGGAAGGAAUCCUCAACUAUGAGCUUCUCUACAAACCGGUCAAGUUUGGUAGCCUGGAGAAGCUGACCUUCGGGCCGAGAAAUUCGUACACAGUGGAGGGUCUGAAGGCGAACACAGAGUACUCCUUCUCCCUGGCUGCCAUCUCCAGCAAAGGCAUCGGCGCUUUCACUAAUGAACUGGUGCAGAGGACGUCACAAGCCAAUCCCUCUGCUGCCCCUGAGGGUGUUUCUUGUGAGAAAGCCAGCUCCACCUCACUGAGGGUAAGCUGGAGGCCACCUCCAAUCCACAGUGAGGAUGGAGAGCUGGCAAAUUAUGAGCUGAGAUACCAAAGAAUAAUAGGAGCAGGAGGUGAAGGUCAGGGCCAGGAGGUGAAGGGACGUCCUGUCCCAGCCCUGCAUGGGCAAACAAUGGUAGAGGGGCUGGAAAAGUGGAGCUGGUACAACGUGACCGUGGCAGCCUCCACUGAGGGAGGGACAGGAGACAAGAGUCCGACGGUGCUGUGCAGAACUGAUGAGGACGUCCCUGGUGGAGCUCCUCGUCAGGUGGAUGUUCAUCCGCUCAACUCCUCGGCAUUUCAAGUCACCUGGCGAUCUGUGUUGCCUCAAUUACAACAAGGCCAAAUCAGGGGCUACCAGGUGCACUUUAGUCGAGCAGCGGGCAGCGAAUCACGCAGCAACCUGCCCCGCAUCAAAGACCUUUUAUUGGAUGACGCUCAGAUGGAAGAGGAGGAUGAGUCGACUCAAUACGAGCUGAUUUUGGGAGAUCUGAAACCAGAGACUGUGUACUCUGUGUCAGUAGCCGCAUACACCACAAAAGGGGAUGGAGCACACAGCAAAGCCAAGCUGGUGCAGACUCUGGGGAUUGUGCCCGGCCCACCUUCCCUUCAGUUGCGUCUGAGAUCAGGGCCAUCAGUGGAGGUGUGGUGGACUCCUCCUCUGGAAAGCUUUGAGUCAGGCUCUAAUAGCCGGCGGCUCCCAGUGGAAAUACAGGGCUACCGCCUACAGUUUGGCCUGAAGAAUUCCGCUUUAUACACCACAAUAGAGUUUGGCAACAGAGAGAAAAACUUUACUGUCAAAACCCUCUCCCCAGGCUCCACUUACGUCUUUGUCCUCUCUGCAAAGAGCAAAGCAGGAUACGGUGAUGUGGCACAGCAGGAAAUAACAGUGCCCAUCUACCCACCCAUGGGAUACCCCGAAAUAUCUGACAUUGUCAAUGUCACUUGCUGCUCCGUACAGUUCUCCUGGCUCCCACUCACCUCCAAAGAGUCCAACAGUCCCAUCACUGGCCACACCGUAGCCUACAAACAGGUCACUGACCCCAAACCCAGUACAGAUCCUGCAGCCUCUACCUCAUCGUCUCUCUCCAUUCCUCCGUGGAUAGUCUCUUUACCAGCAAAUGAUUUCAGCUGCAUCAUCCAAGGUCUUAAUCACAGCACUGCCUACGAGCUGCAGCUCAGAGCCCACAACAAGGCAGGGCCAGGUCCGUUCAGUCCACCUCUGGUGUUCCAAACGCUGGCCUUUGAAACAGAUGUUCCUAGGAAUUUUUCUGUCAAUCUGGCCACUAGGACCAGUGUUCUCCUGACCUGGGAGUUUCCAGAGAGCAGCAACCCAUAUCGCUUCUCUGUGGAGUAUAACCGACAGAAAAUGGAGGUUGAUGCUCGUCUCAAGAAGGCUGUCAUCCCGAACCUCCAACCUGACACUAGCUAUGACUUCAAGAUUACAGCGCCCGAGGGCAACAUGGGAGGCCUUCGUCACCGCAUUACCGCUAAAACCUCCCCACCAAUCACCAUCCGGCGGCCCGAAGUCGACCACGCCCGUGAAACGGAGACCACUGUCACCUUAAUCCUGCCGUCACUGGAGACCCGCAGUCCUGUCAAAAACGUUUAUGUUGUUGUGGUUCCACUAAGGAGAACCCGUGGUGUCGUCAGGCACCCAAAGAGUCCAGAUGAGAUGGACUUAGAGGAGCUGCUGAAAGACAUCAGUCAAAGGCAAAGAGAUUCUCGGCAGCAGAAACAGGUGGACAUGCGUCGUGCCUACAUCACAGCACGGUUCACACCUGCCACCCUCCCAGCCUUUUUCACCCUGGGGGACCAGCUGGACUAUGGGGGCUUUGAAAACAGAGCUCUGGAGGCGGGGCAGGAGUACAUCUUCUUCAUCCUGGCGGAGCUCAAUUCCACCACCGGGAAAAUGUAUGUAGCCAGCCCAUACACGGACCCAGUCAUUGCCCCGGAUUCAGACCCACAGCCCGUGGAACCAGGAGAUGGUCUAAUCUGGGUGGUGGGACCUGUCCUGGCUGUGGUCUUCAUCAUCUGCAUAGUAAUCGCUAUCCUCCUUUACAAGAACAGCAAACCUGACAGCAAACGCAAAGACUCAGAGCCUGGAACCAAAAGUCUUCUGAGUAACGCUGAGAUGAUGGCCCAUCAUCCCACAGACCCCGUGGAGAUGAGACGCAUCAACUUCCAGACUCCCGGAAUGAUGAGCCACCCUCCUAUCCCCAUCACCGAGCUGGCUGAGCACAUUGAGCUCCUGAAAGCUAAUGAUAACCUGAGACUCUCCCAGGAGUAUGAGUCCAUCGACCCAAGUCAGCAGUUCACCUGGGAACAUUCAAACCUGGAGGUCAACAAGCCCAAGAAUCGCUAUGCUAAUGUAAUAGCGUACGAUCACACCAGAGUCAUCCUGGCUCCCAUAGAUGCAGGGAUUCUGGGGAGCGACUACAUCAACGCCAACUACAUCGACGGCUACAGGAAACAGAACGCCUACAUCGCCACGCAGGGGCCUUUGUCGGAGACGUUUGGGGAUUUCUGGAGGAUGGUGUGGGAGCAGCGGGCCGCGUCUGUGGUCAUGAUGACACGCCUGGAGGAGAAGUCAAGGAUAAAGUGUGAUCAGUACUGGCCCAGCCGUGGUACAGAGACGUAUGGGAUGACCCAGGUCACCCUGCUGGACACGAUGGAACUGGCCACCUUCUGUGUGCGCACCUUCUCCCUACAUAAGAGUGGCUGCAGUGAGCGUAGAGAGGUGCGGCAGUUCCAGUUCACUGCCUGGCCAGAUCAUGGUGUUCCUGAAUAUCCAACGCCAUUCCUCAACUUCCUCCGCAGGGUCAAAGCCUGUAAUCCCCCUGACGCUGGGCCCAUCAUCGCCCACUGCAGUGCUGGGGUCGGUCGCACCGGCUGUUUCAUCGUCAUUGAUGCAAUGCUGGAGCGUAUUCGACAUGAACGCUCCGUGGACAUCUACGGCCACGUGACCCUGAUGCGCUCGCAGAGGAACUACAUGGUGCAGACGGAGGACCAAUACAGCUUCAUCCACGAGGCCCUGCUGGAGGCCGUGGCCUGUGGGAACACGGAGGUGGCAGCCAGGAGUCUGUACUCCUACAUGCAAAAGCUGUCCAAGGUGGAGAGUGGAGAGCAUGUCACUGGCAUGGAGCUGGAGUUUAAGCGACUGGCCAACACCAAAGCCCACACUUCCCGCUUUGUCACGGCCAACUUGCCUUGCAACAAAUUCAAGAACCGACUGGUCAACAUCAUGCCCUACGAAACCACCCGCGUCUGCCUCCAGCCAAUCAGGGGCCCAGAACGCUCUGACUACAUUAAUGCCAGUUACAUAGACGGAUACAGGCAGCAGAGAGGCUACAUGGCCACCCAGGGACCACUGGCUGAGACCACAGAGGAUUUCUGGAGGAUGCUGUGGGAACACAACUCCACAAUAGUGGUCAUGCUCACUAAACUGAGGGAAAUGGGACGGGAGAAAUGUCAUCAGUACUGGCCGGCCGAGCGCUCAGCCAGGUACCAGUACUUCGUAGUGGAUCCUAUGGCGGAGUACAACAUGCCUCAGUACAUCCUGAGGGAGUUCAAAGUUACCGACGCCAGGGACGGGCAGUCACGGACAGUUCGUCAGUUCCAGUUUACUGAUUGGCCGGAGCAGGGUGUACCUAAAUCUGGGGAGGGCUUCAUUGACUUUAUUGGCCAAGUGCAUAAAACCAAGGAGCAGUUUGGUCAGGAUGGUCCAAUCAGCGUUCACUGCAGUGCUGGAGUGGGAAGGACAGGUGUUUUCAUCACUCUGAGUAUUGUCCUGGAGAGGAUGCGUUAUGAAGGGGCAGUGGACAUCUUCCAGACUGUCAAAAUGCUGCGGACACAGAGGCCAGCAAUGGUGCAGACUGAGGAUGAGUACCAGUUCUGUUACCAGGCUGCUCUGGAGUACCUGGGUAGCUUCGACCACUAUGCAACAUAAGCCGGGAGACAACUUUCCUUCCGUCUUUCUGCUCCGAGGUUCACAAACAAACCAACCACUGAGCGAAAGCAGGGAAGGAGCAGCCUGAAGAAGAAAAAAAAACAACACAAGCAUAGAAAGAGAGAGAUUCAAAGAUGAACUCUAGAAACCAACAAGGACGAAAAGCAACAAUGAAAAACAGCUACAAGAAAUCUGUCCCUAAUAGCACACACACACACACACACACACACACAAACACACACAUAUGCACAUAUGCUCUCUCAUACACACACACACACACUCACCGGGACCUCCUCUGAGGGGCUGGUGUGUGUGGAGACUCUCCAUGUGUAAUCCAUAUACUUACCUCAGUGUUCCAGUGUGAAGGAUGUACAGUAUAAUACAUGUGUGUUGUUGUCAGCUAUCUCCAAUAUGAACCAGUGAAAUUCAAACGGCUUCUGAACAGAAAUUAUGAUACUAUAUGUGUAUAAAAAUACAAACAAAAAAAAAGAUGAAAACAAAAAAAAAUAACACAAAGAGCCUGGAUAUUUGCUGCACCCUAAAUGGGCUUUUUAUCCUCAACUUUGUAUCGGUUUGUCGUACUAAAGGGAUAACAAAGUGCAAUGGUCAACAUUUCUACGCGUCUGUCAGUCAGUCCAGCACAGGUAGUUUGGACUCCAGCUUAAAUCAGACGACAGGGUUAUGCCUCAGCAGAAGCCUGCAGUACGGACCUGGUACCACCGCCCUGGAGGCUGCUGGGAAAAGCAUGUGGAUGUUCAUACUCACCUGACGUACCGUGCCAAGAGAUCCAACGCAGCAGGAACACAAGCUGUGGCCUAUGAGAGGAGAGGAGAGAGAAGGCUCUGUCUUUCACUCAGCACAACAUGAACCCAUACAAGAGAAUGCUUUUAAACGCCGACCGGGGAUCACUUCUCUCAUUCACACUCUCCGGUCACGUCCUCACCGAUCCCCCCCCACCCCACCCCACCCUCCUGGCCUCAGAACAACGAUCCAAAUCCAUCACAGCCCCCCACCACCCCCGCCCCGGCUGAGAUUUGUAGUCAAGCACAUUCAUUCAUUCAACAAAAGCUUGCUGGAUAUUUGCCGUCGUCCUUGUUCAUCCUUCACUUCAGAUCCUUCAGUCCUAUUGUGACAGUGGCUUAUCGAAGGAAAGAUUCAAGCUUAUUUCCUUUCUUUCUUAAUACAGAAAAAAGACACUUUUUAGUCGAUUUCUGCAGAUUUUUGUAAAAAAAAUCUUUUUAUCGUACGUCUUUGCCUUACACUGUCUUCUUGUUUUUUUUAACAUGCAGCCUAAUGCUUACGUGUUGUGUGCUGAACUCUCACUGUCGUCAAAACCAAGCUACGUGAUGAGGCGGUGAAAUGUUUAAAAACCAUCUCCAUAGUGGUGACAAUAGAACACAUCGCACAACUGAGUUACAGCGACACUUUAUUGUAAAGGUAGAGUAUUCAGGAAAUAUGCUUAGCAUUGGCUAACAGUUAGCAUGUAGUACGCAGUGCCGCCCAUACGGGGGACUCUGUUAUGCUUCGGUGGUCUAUGAGUCGACUAAGCCGCCUUAACGUUAUUGAUAAUUGGACACACCCUCUUCGUGGACACUAUCAUUUAGCACAGAUUGAAUUAUGGGGCUGUACGUCUUUAACAGUGCACAGAAGAAGAACGCUGUUUUGCUCCUUAAAUAAAAUAGUAUAAUAUCUAAUAUAAUAAUAAAUAGUGUUCUGAGCUAAAACAUCUGUAUUAAAACAAUUUAAAGUACAUGAUUAAAAACUACACAGUUCUCCUAGUGUUGGCUGUGAGCGUUGUGUAUGUUGUUGAGAUCAGAACAGAGAACAUGGAGUCCGAGGGCAGCACCACUGUGGGUGAUUACACCACCAUCGACUUAUUUAUGGGUUGCUUUGUUUGUUUGUUUGUUUACAAAAUUCUUGCAUACUCUGUCUUUAGGUACAUAUAUCUUACUUAGAGGCCUCUAAGUGUGGGAAUACGCUGUUACCUUUUGGCCACUUGAUCAAACCAUAGCACAAUGUCCUCGGUUAGUUCUGGACUUCUUUUUCAAAUACUUGACCAAAACGCUCAAAUGCGAUCUAAGUCCCCAGGCCUCAUCAUUUGAUCAGCACAGCUUCAAAAAACCACCGUCAAUAAUUCCCCUUCAUUUCCUCAACAGCGCAGCCUUGUGAGAUCUGUAUUUAGAGCACAUGGUUUUGUUGGUUUAAAAACUCACACACAAUCAGGUCCAAGAACAAAGAGCACAGUGCCGCUGUAUCAGACACAGUCAAUCAAGUUCUCACUUUUGUACAUACAAUCGUUGGAGUCCAAUACUGGUGCAGUUACUGAGCACAACAUAUAACGUGGGAUUGGAUGUGGUGUCUUUCUUCGUCGCAGAAAAAGCCUUAUUGCUAUUGUUCACUUAUUUCAUCUGCUUUUUUUACACACAUUUAUUCUAUUUUGUUACUUUUCAUCUGGUUUUUAUUUAUUACAUUUAGCAACUAUAACCGAGACGGUGUUGUUUACUUGUUUCAUGGCAAGCCAAUGUAAAUGUACGAUGUUGUCACUAAUUUUUUUUUUUUAGUUUUGGUGCUUUUUUUAUUUGCUUAUUGUUAUUAUGAUUAUUAUAAAUGUACACCCUCCAUUGCAGGGUACUGUUUGAUACCAAUUACUGAUGUCUAUUUAGUUAGCUUGAGAUGUACAUUAGAGGCAAACAUAGUUUAAGUUUACAGAGACGCCCCCCUUCCCGCCCCUCGCCCUUCGUACAGUAGCAGCAGCAGUGGUGUGGUCAUAGCAGCAGAGGUGUGAUCCUGGUAGGACUUAGGGCAUCAGAGGGAUAGGAUUCAGAGAUGGUGAAAACCCCAAGCCGUCGGUGUUUAGUUUGCUGUUGAGCACAUGGUAGCAAGUGUAUUUUUGACAGAGAUCAGGUAAGAGACGCACCGCUACGCACACUUCUCGGGCUUAUUCUUUAAAUCUUGGAGAAAAAAAAUCUCUCUAUGAAUAUGAACUUUAUGUGUGGUCCAGAAGUCUUGACGAUGUGUGACAUAUAUGAAAUAUGUUAUUCCUUCAAUUUCUGAUCAUUGUGUCAAGAGAAAUAUAAAAGGCACACACAAACACACAACUUGAUAUAAAAAUGUGUUGAGGACCAGCUCUGAUGAUGAUGAUGAUGAU